AUGUCGUCCUCGUCAAGCUCGAGAUCUGGAUCUCGACCUCCCCCCACAACCAGCACCAGCACCAGCACCACCGCAACCACCCCCUCCUCUCUCCAACAAUCCGCCGCCUCCUACUUCUCCUACCCAGUCACCCACGUCGUCUCCGGCCUUUAUCGCCGCCUCACCGACCCCUCCACCAACACCACCAACAACAUGCGUCGCAAAACCACCACCACCGACACCACCACCAACAACAACCCAGUUUUCACCCCCGUCCGCACCGCAUCCCCCUUCCAACCCCCUCCUCUUACCCCCCUCACCCUCUCCGACCCCUCCACCCUGCUCACACGCUCCCUCGCCGAAGAAAUCCGCCUCCUGGUGCCCCCGCGCCUCCAGCUCUGCAACACCUGGCACCUAGCCUACAGUCUGGACCGCGACGGCGCCUCCCUCUCCACCCUAUACGACAACUGCCGCGAUAUCGCAUCCACCCGCAGCCCCCGCGCCGGCUACGUCCUCGUCAUCCGCGACGCCUCGCCAUCCUCGAACGCCGUCUUCGGCGCCUACAUGACUGAUCCUCCGCACCCGGACUCGCAUUACUAUGGUACCGGGGAGUGUUUCCUCUGGAGGGCGAGCGUGUUGCCGCCUGCCACCGCUAUGCUCAGCAAUUUCAGUAACGCGAAUGGGGACAAUGGUGGUGAGGAAGGGGUAGAGGCUGAUGUGCUGGAGAAGGCCGGGUUACCGUUGCCUCCGAGCGCGGAUACAACGAACGCGGGGCGUUCGACGACUCUACGCCGUGGGGAGGGCGAGAAGUGGCUUUCUCCGACCUCUGGAAAUGGUGCUGGGAGUGGGAGGACGAGUGGGACGGUCACGCCGGAGCAGAUUCGCUUCAAGGCGUUUCCGUAUAGUGGGGUUAAUGAUUAUAUGAUGUUUUGCGAAACGGGGUUUUUGAGUUUGGGUGGAGGUGAUGGACACUACGGCCUAUGGGUCGACUCGAGUCUCGAAAAAGGCGUCAGUGCGUCGUGCCAGACUUUUGGCAAUGAGCCGCUCUCGGACGAGGGCGUCAAGUUCGAUAUCAUUGGUGUGGAGGUGUGGUAUGUCGGGUCUUGAGAUAUGUGCCAACCUGGCACCGUAAUGGAAUGGAGCGUGAUGCGUGCGUGACUAUCAUCUGCUGGCAGAAUGGUCGAUAAUCAUGAAUUGGUUGGUUGGCGGUGCUUUGGGACUGGAUGUGCAAUUGCUGGCUUGAAAUGCCUACGUUGAGCUAGCGACGAGGAGGUUUGAGGCAGCACCGCUUUGGGUACGGGAUACCCAUCGACGACGAGCGCAACUAUAUACUACGUGGCCAGCCGGCCCAGA